AUGACAGUCCCAGACGGGUUGAAAAUAAUCGAGCCGUUUGUGAAGCGCGCGGGCGAGCUCGCAGGCGUGCAGCCCAGCAUCGCGUACCUGUGCAAGCUGUACGCGGCAGAACUGAUCCUCGACAACCAAUUGCACCAGACUUCAAAGGAGAUCGAACAGUACGCUUUGCAGCUGCUGGACGAGAUCGAGCAGGAAAAGGCGGCGAUCAAGGAGUCGUCGUCGAAGUCGUUCGAGAUCAUCAACGACCCGGCGUCCAGCUUCAAGCUUGUGUGGGGGUUUGCCACCGCCAUUUUCGACCGCUCGUUCAAAGAAAUUGCCAACCAUACAGCCACCAAGAAAACCGUGGAAAAUUUCAAAGCUGCUCUGGACUUCUACCAAGUUCUCAACCUGUGGCCAGAACAACUCAAGGACAAACGGCAGCAGCUCGACAAGUACCAAAAAUACGCCAAAUUCCACGCAACACGGAUCCUCAAGGCCAUCAAGAACGGAGAAGACCCGAACGACUACGUGACGCCCGAGGAGGAACGAGAAGUCGCCGGCUGGGACGACGCUGACAGCCAGAAGCCGGAAUCGCCAUCCCUGGCACUUCCCAACCCACCCUCGGAAAUCAACUCGCCCGAAAAGUCGCCAAAAGACACCCCGGUGGAAACGUCCCCGCCAGCUCUACCGUCCGCCCCAGAUUCGCUGGAAGACACGCUCAACUUGCCGGCCGCGCCAGCAAUCAUCAAGGAAGAACCCAACAAGCUCGGGCUGCCCAAAACUCCUGCAAAAGUGCCAGAUCUGCCUGCUCCAAAGCCAGAGCCCAAGCCAGAGCCCAAGUCUCAGCCAAAAACACCAGCAAAACCUGCCCUGUCCAAGGAAGAUAUCCAGCAGAUGAUGCAGACGGACGAGAUCAUCGCCCAGGCACAGAAACGCGCAAGAUUCGCCAUCUCGGCGCUAAACUACGAGGACAUCGAGACCGCCAUCAAGGAGCUCCAGCUCGCUCUCGAGCUACUCAGGGGAAAAUAG